ACAAACAUCACGAGAGCUACCUCUCCGCCCGCUCCCACCAAACCAGACUCAGGGGCCUGUCGCUAUUCGCUUGUCAUAUGCGUCCGAUUUAGUCCGGCCUCGGCUACACCUGUAGCAUACACCUACCUAUCUAUUCAUUACUAGAUUCCAAAAACCAUGGGUGGCAGACUCUCCAUGCCCCGUGGCCCAGAUGGCAUGAACGAGGCGUCGAGGCCUACCUCUGCCAACCCCGUUGCGCGACUGACGCGGGGCGGGGGCAUCAUCAAUGGCCGUACCAUAAUGGCACCCCUUGCGGCCUUCACAAUGGCUGGCCUCUUGUUCGUAUAUUCCAGAACAUCCAUUCGAGCGGCGAAACUCAACGCACAGAAACAUCGUGAGGCAGAUGGAGGACAGAUCAGCUGGCAUAACGAGAGCAGGCGAAGACAUGGACAGUUGGACAAGGUCGAGAACGAUCGAACCACCUUCAAGGAAGCUCUCCUCGCAGACGUGAAGCGAAAGGGUAAAGCCAAAAAAGACAACAAGCAGGACCACGAACAUGAGAUAGAAGGAAGGGCUGAACGCUCUAGCGAAGAGGCAGAACUGCGGAAAAUGAUGGGAAAGAAGGAUUGAGGGGAGUGGUUUCGUGUUGGUGAUCGAACCUACUUGGUGUAUAAAAGUGACAUUAUGUGGUAUAGUAUCGGGAUUUGGAUGACAGAAAAAGCAUUCAUCACCGCGUCAAUGGUAAUGGAGAAAGUACCCAUCGAAUUCAAAAGCAAAUUCUUGAAUAGUACAUCUUAUA